GGGGCUGUUUUUGUGCAGACUUUUAACGUAAAUAAAUAACUUAGUGUAAAUUACUGCUGUUGUCAUUUUAGGUGAUGUGUUUCUGAGCUAGCCUGCCUAUUAGAGUGUAAAUUACUAGCCUACUGGUUGUGUUUUAAGUUUACAGUGUGCUGUCAAUGUGGAGCUAGGGUGUAUUUUAUUUAAUCAAGUUAACUUACUUAACUUUUUCAAUUACCUAUUGUUUUGGGACACUUCUCUGAUAAAAACGUUACUUAGUAAGCCUAGGCCUAAGUUAGGCUAGGCCUAAUUGAAUUUUGGAUUCAGCAUUAAAUACCCUAAGGAUUUUGGUUGCGGUGUGCUUAUUUUUGUAGCUUACCUAUCUAUAGAGUAAGUCAAUGUUUGUUUAGGGUUCUCAAUAUCUCAUUCUGAGCUAUCGACACAGUCACAAUGGCUCCUUGUUUCACUUGUGAGUUGUGCGAUAAAGCAUUCAACUCAAAUUGUAAUCUGAAAAGACACUAUAAGAAUGUACAUCUGGGAUAUGAGCCAAGUAAGCUUGUCCAAUCCUCCCUCUCUCUCACAUGUGGACUUUGCAGAAACACUCUUAGGAGUAAUGUUGAGUUUGAAAGUCAUCUAAAUACUCAUCAUGCAAUAGUUUUGAAUGUAAUUGAAGUUGAUUUCAAUAACGUGAGCGAAUUUGAAAAAUGGAAAAGUAGUGUUGAGGGGGAACAAAAUUGUCUAUUUGUUAAACAUACGGGAAAGCGGAAAAAUAAUGAUGGUUCUGCAUCCAUUGUUUACUAUUGUAAUCGAUCAGGUAAUUUCAAAGGUCAAUCUUCACCUUCUAAAAGGAAAAGACAUUUAAAAAUCCAAGGGUCCUGUAAAAUUAAUGCCUACUGUCCAGCAAAGAUCUCAGCUAAAUUUGAAAGUAAUGGAAUAAUCAAGGUCAGAUUUUGUAAGACACAUGUUGGCCAUGAGGCAGAAUUAGCCCACAUUCCUUUGUCAGAGAUUGAAAGGAGGGAAUUGGCAUCAAAAAUUGCUCAAAAGGUUCCCUUUGACACUAUUCUUGAAAAUGUUCAAAAGUCAUUAUGUGGUGAAAUUAAAAGAAGACAUCUUUUGACGAAACAAGAUCUACGUAACAUCGCAAAAGAGUAUUCAUUAGACAGUGAGUGCAUUCUUCAUUAUGAUGAUUCGUUGAGUAUUGAUUCUUGGGUGGAACAGGUCCGUAGCAGUGAUGAUGACUGUGUUUUGAUCUACAAGCCAAAGGGAGAUGAUUCCCCAGACUAUCCCCAAUUACAGUCACAGGAUUUUAUUCUAGGCAUUAUGACGAAAGCACAGGAAGAGAUGCUAAAAAAGUACGGUGGUGAUGUCAUUUGUAUGGACUCAACACAUGGAACUAACGCCUACAAUUACGAAAUGACCACAUUGUUAGUUUUAGAUGACAUGCGCCAAGGAUUCCCAUGUGCCUUUUACUUUUCAAAUAGAAAUGAUCAUGUUGGUAUCAAAAUUUUUCUGCAAUCGAUUAAAAAUAGAAUAGGCUGCAUCAACACUAAGAUAUUGAUGGCAGAUAUGGCAGCUGUCUUCUAUAAUUCUUGGAAAUCAGUAAUGGGUGAUGUUGAAAAACGACUUUUUUGCACUUGGCAUGUUCAACGAGCUUGGCAAAAAAAAGUUAAUCACAUCAAAAAUGAAGGAAAAAGAAGGAAAGUCAACAAAAUGAUGUUUACUCUCUUGUAUGAGAUUGAUGAGAGGGCAUUUGAAAGUAUUUUACCUGUUUUUCUAGAUGAUCUUUGUGCCGAUACUGACACUGCUGUCUUUGGAAAAUAUGUUGCAGACAAUUAUGUAGAAAAUCGUAUGUCAUGGGCAUAUUGUUACCGUAAGAAUGCUGGGAUCUAUACGAACAUGCAUUUGGAAAGGCUCCACGGGAUUUUCAAACAUUUUUACUCACGGGGUGAAACGGCAAAAAGGCUCGACUUGACUGUACAUGCGUUGAUGAGAUUUAUUAAUCAAAAACUUUUUGACCGCAUUGUUGUUCUCCACAAAGGGAAACUUACAAGCAAGUUGAGAAACAUCAGGGACAGACACAAGAAAUGUCUUAGCUUAAGUUCUGACUGUGUGCUGCAAUCAUCAAAUGAUUCCUGGGCAGUAUUUUCUUCUGUUAAUAUGUACACUGUUACAGAAAAUGUCAAAUCAUGUAGUUGUUCUCUAAAAUGUGUGUACUGCAAAGUAUGCAUUCAUAAGUUCAGUUGCACAUGUUCAGAUGCAUGUAUACAGUGGAACAUGUGCAAACACAUUCAUCUAGUUUGUCAAACACUAAAGAAUCGUUUAGAAAGUCAUCCUGUUCUUGAUCCACAUGUAAAUGAUGAUGAAAAGACUGUAAUUGUGUCAGCUGUCAGCAAAAGUGAAGAAACAACCUUAGAUUUAGAAAGUGCAAAACAAGAAGUCAGUUGUCAGUUUUCACAUAUCAUUAACGAAAUCAGUUCAUUUGAGCAGCUUGAAAUAAUAAAAAAAAAUCUUAAAUCGUUGCAACCACAGAUUGAUGCUGUUAGAGAAGGAGAACAAUUAUAUUGAUUAUAAUUCCUUUAUAAGGAUUAUUGAUUAUAAGGAAUUAUAGGAAGUGGAAAAUUGUCUGUUUGAUACUGAUGAGACUGUUACCUGAAGAUAAUGACCGGACAGUGGGACCUGUUGAUAGUGAGGGACACGAUAGCGAGGCUGAAGAAUCAUUUAAUUCUUUAAUACAAGAAGAGAGAAACAAGAAGUUUUUGAGUGUAGAACUUUUCAAUACUAGUGUAAACAUAACUUAUGUCUCAAAUUAACCCAUUGGCCUACCGUGGCGGAUGCAGCCAGGGGGCCCCCUCUCCUUGGACAUAAAUGUUUAACUAUCGGGUAGGCCUAACACGUGUAAACUUGGGCCUGGCUUACACUCUUACCUAAAUAUUACAGUGCAGUCCGGCUAAUCCGAACUAAUUGGGACCGAACCCCGUUCGGAUUAGCUGAUUGUUCGGAUUAGCCGAAAUAAUGUAAAUAAUCAAGAAGGAAGCAAUUUUAUGCGGUCGUAGUGUCGUAAUAUGAACGAGCCAUACACAAAAACCAAUAUUAAUAUUCCAUUUACUACAACAAAAUUAAAAAACAA